CUUUAUAUUUUUCAGAUGAUAAGCACCUUUGCGGAAGGUCCUCAGGGGGUCACUUUCUUGGUCAAACAUCGAACAAAUGGAAAGACAUAUAUUCUCAAGAAGAUCGAAUGUAACGAUGACCCGGAAGCUAAUCGUGCCCUUCGGGAGGUCAUGCGACUCACCAAGCUCAGCCACAGGCAUCUUGCGGUCCCACGUGAUGCCUUCGUUCACUGGGAUUCUGCAGAAGCAGCCAUGUAUCUGUGUAUCGUGUCUGAUUACUUUGUCACGGGUGACCUUGACAGCUUCUUGAAGGAGAAGUCCAGGAAGGGUAAAUCCAUGUGCGAAUCGGACAUGCAGCGCUGGAUGGGCCAACUGCUCCAUGCCAUAACCUACCUCCACGAUAGCGGAAUAGCCCAUACUGAUCUGAAACCCAGCAACGUGUACCUGACGCCCCAGAUGGACCUGCGGAUCGGGGACUUCGGGAUUCGGACUGUUAUCGAGGACCUGCAUCGGUUCCGUUGUAGGACCAGGACAGCGGUCUGGUCCCUCUAUUGGUCCCCACCGGAAGUCUUUGAGGGUCCUCACGGAUCCAAGACAGAUAUCUGGUCCCUGGGUUGCAUGCUGUUCGAGAUGGCGGCGAUGGUUCACCAGAGCGUCCUUAAGUCUCGCGAAGUCCUCCUGCAGCUACGGGUGGGAGACAGGGUUGAAUUCCUGGAGACUCUGAAGCAGAUCGGAUUGGGGUAUGAGAAGUCUUGCCACAUCUGCGACUGCGUGAUGCAGAUGCUCCUUGCCGACCACGAUGUUAGACCAUCGGCUCGAGAUGUUCUCAAGAUGCACUACCCGCGACUCUGCAUCAACAUGGUUACCAAUAAGGGAACGGAAACCCCUAAAUGAUAAAACGUGAAAAACUAAGUCUGAUUAUUAGCUAUAUGAAAUGUGCUUAUAACUGACUAUAACUGACACCUUUGUAAAAAUAGAGAAUUAAAACACUGUCUUAUGAAGGUGUUGCAUUUUGCUGAAACGGAAUUUAACUCAUCAUCUAUUUUAGUAAAGCAUUCAUUCUAUGUGUGAGAGUUUUGAAAUGAGAUCUGCUACCAUACACUACUCAAUGAAAUACAUAUUAAGUGCUAUAAGUUAGACAUGUUUCCUAUAUCAAUAAGCUGAUUUAGCCCACUUAUGUGCGUGAUAUAGACACAAGUGCAGUAUCAUUAAUUGUUGAUUAUACAGAAUAUUAUAUGAGUAAAGGAAGUGAUGUCUUUGAGUAUGCAAUAGUCGUCGAAGAAAUUAGAUAAUGCACUUGAAAUUAAAACAUGACCCCCAUUCAUGAUGUUAUAUGAUAAAUGUAUGCUUAAUAUACUUUUACAAUAAAAGAGAAAUGUAAGCUAAGGAAAAUUUCAUUCCAGCCAGGUUUCUUAACAGAAUGCUUGAAUUAUUUAGUUCGCCAGUAAUCAGGUUCAUUUCAAAUCUAAUUUUACAAUGUGAAGGCUAGUACUAGGCUAUAUCAUUCUGCAAGUGUAGAUAGAGAACUACAUUAUACAAAUAAAACCAAAUAGACCCCUAUAUGAUAAUUAGUAAUUUCUGCUAGCUAAAGUGCAAUCAUGCAUGUAAUAAAAUUUGCUUUCUGUUUCACAUUAGUGCCGUCAGUAAAUUGGAGAAAAAAAUUCCCACGUACCUACAACAUUUGCAGUGUUGAUACAACCUUGUAUAACAAUUUAUCUCUACCACGAUUAAUUCGUACCGAAGAAUUUAAUGUUCUACUGCCAUCAACGAUGACUCUGCUUUAUUGAAACCAAGGAUUCUCUGAACUCCACGUUUUUCCUUUUGUCUUUACUUUUCGUAGAGAUUAGUGGAGAAACCACGAAGUGA